GUCGUAUUCUUUUAGAGUGAAAAUGGUUAUGGAGCUCAAAGAUCUGAUUGUUGGACUUAUUUUGUCAACGAUCAUACCUAUCCUAUACUAUUUAUACCAUGUCAACCGUUCAAAAUCAAAAUCUCUGCCACCAGCUUAUAAAGGCUGGUUUCCAUGGUUGGGAUGUGCAUUUGAAUUUGGGAAGAAUCCUCUUGAUUUCAUAGCCCAAAAGAAGGAGCUUGGAAGCAUCUUCACUCUGUAUGUAGCAGGGGAACGUCUGACUUUUAUUACUGAUGCAGAAGAUUUCCAACAUUUCUUUCAAUCACCAUUUGUUGACUUCCAGAAGGCUGUUCAAGACCCUGUGUUAAAUGUUGCAUCUGUAAGUAAAGCAUCAUUUUUCAAGUACCACACAAAGAUUCAUGACAUGGUUAAAGGAAGACUUGCUUCAUCCAGGUUAAUUUACUUUUCUGACAAACUCUGUGAUGAAUUCAGGGACCAGUUAACACAGAUUGGAAAGCAAGGUAAGGGAGACCUACAUCACUUGGUGAGGAAGUCUAUGUAUGCUGCAGUUAUCAAUAACCUAUUUGGUAAAAAUGUUUUACCAGUUAAUUCUGAGAAAGAAUUUGAGAAACUAGAAGAAAUGUUUGUCAUGUUUGAUGAACAGUUUGAAUAUGGAGCCAGAAUUCCAUCUGUUUUUCUGAAAGAUUGGUCAUCAGCUAAGAAAUAUUUGAUAGACCUGUUCAGUAAAGUUGUUCCAAAGACAACAAAUAAGAAGUCAGAUGAUGAUGAGACAUUACUUCACUCUCUGUUAAACUUAGUCCAGGACCAGUAUAAACCAAACUAUAGUUUGUUGUUAUUAUGGGCAUCUCUGGCCAAUGCUAUACCAAUAACAUUUUGGACACUAGCAUUUAUUUUGCAUGAUGAAAAAGUACUACAAAAAGUGAAAACAGAAUUGACAAGUGUAUUUGGACAAAAUGGUCAGUGUCCAACUAUAACAGAAGAAGGUCUGAAAAAAUUACAAUACCUAAAAUGGUGUGUUUUAGAGUCUAUUAGACUAAGACCAACUGGUAUUAUCACAAGACGGGUUAUAAAAUCCUUUAAUAUUAGGGAGAUGGAGAUCCCAGAGGGAGACAUGUUAAUGUUAUCACCAUUUUGGGCACAUAGAAAUGAAAAAUAUUUCCCAGAUCCCUUGAUGUACAAACCAGAAAGAUGGAAGGAAGCAGACAUAGAUAAGAAUGUAUUUUUAGAUGGAUUUGUAGCUUUUGGUGGAGGCAGAUAUCAAUGUCCAGGGAGGUGGUAUGCUAUUUUAGAAAUCCAGAUGUAUGUUGCUAUCUAUAUGUAUGUUUUUCUGUUCUAUUUUAGGUGGUAUGCUAUUUUAGAAAUCCAGAUGUAUGUUGCUAUCUAUAUGUAUGUUUUUCUGUUCUAUUUUAGGUGGUAUGCUAUUUUAGAAAUUCAGAUGUAUGUUGCUAUGUUUCUACAGUUGUUUGAUUGUAAACUCCUUAUUAAUUCAAUUCCAGAACCUAGCAAGAAACAUUUAGUAGGAACACAACAACCAGCAGAGCCCUGUCCUGUGGAAUAUAAAUUAAGGAAAUAGAGGCUUUAUUGGAUUAAAAUAAAUUACUCAGGGGAAAUUAGUAAUAGAAGCUAUUGUAAUUAUGUUGAAAUUUUAAGCAGUGGAAAUAGACAUUUUUUAUUAGAAUUCAUUUAAAUAAUGCAAAGGAUGUGAUAAAUAAAAAUACUC